AUGGACGAUGCCCUCUCGCCCGACGCCCUCUUCUCUCCCAGCAAGGCCCGCCAGCAGCGCGCCCAGGCCAAUGACUGGCAGCACGUCGAGACCUGGCUGUCGGCCCUAUACCCCAACCGCCCGCUGCCCACAUUCGAGCGCAACGAGGACACUCUGAAGGCCCUGCUGGCCCUGGCUGCUGCCAAUGAGUGCGCUGACGAGGAGGCCGGCUUGAUGCGCGCGCUGGGGGAAGAGGCGCAGCGUGAGAUGGAACAAGCAGACGCAGCACCCGCUGACAACGACAACGCCCAACUCCUCUCUACCAUCGAAUCCAGCCUCACGCCCGCCGGUCACGCCUCUCUCACCGCUAUGGCUGAACUCACCACCACGCUGCACGCGCCCGACACCUCGCCCACGACGCUCGCGCACGCCCUCAUCGCGCAAAACACACACCUCGCCGCCCUGACACAACAACAAGCCGCGCUCCUCACGCUACGCAACCUUCUCGCGCAAGACCUACAAUACCUAGAAACCACGCACGAGGAGUUGACGACGUCACCCGCACUCGCUGCGCCCCCGGCCCUCCCUCGCCAAACCGCCGAUUUCCAGCGCCAGACCAAGCAGCUCGCGCCCAAGCUGCGCGAAUACGAGGAACGGCUCGCCGCGCUGCGUCCUCCCACGGUGCCAUCGCCCGCACCGUCGCCCUCACGCGCCACAUUCGCACUGUCCGCCUCGCCUACCCGCUCCUCUGCCUUCCUCGAUCGGCGUCCCUCGUCCUCGACCACCGCGUCUGCUUCCUCUGCCGCUAUUGCAGCGGCAGCAGCUUCAGAUGCACUGACGUCCUCCUCGGCAGCGUUGCUGCAUCUGCGUGCGGCUGAGGAUGAGGCACUCGCGCUGCGGGACGAGGUCGCUCACUUAGAGGGUCAGGUGCAGGCGUAUCGCGAUUUGCCGCCGCAGCGGGAGGGGGCGAGGAGGCUAGUACGGCAGCGGGAGAAGAUGCUGGAGCAGUUGAAGGCGGAGAGAGAUGGAAGAUUUGAGGCGCUUGUGGAGUAG